UAUCACACAGUGCACAUGUCGUGUGUCUUCCACGAGACGCCCCACACCCCCUCAUAUCUGCCUGUCAGACAGCCUCAGUCUCGCGCUAUUUAUGAAGGGCUCUCCCUGUGGGUGUCACAGGUCUGAUGCUGCAGCUGCUGCUUCCUGUACCAAAGCACCACCAGCCACCAUCCACGGCCGAAGCCCUUCUCGCUUGAGAUCCCCCACACCCUGAGCCGGAGCACGGAGGAAUCCGUCGCCGUCCUGCGGAGGAGAGCGAGCCUAUUCGGUGUCCCGGUGUGUGCGCCGCUAAAACCCCUUCGGCGGCCCGUUUUCUGGGAAGAAGCUUAAGAAACGCAGGGCACGGUUUUUCCUGGCGCUGGUGCUAGCUUGUAGCGGCUAGGUGGCUAAUGGCUAGUAGCAGCAGGUAGAUAAAGCAGGAGAAGCGAUUUAAAAAAAGAAAUGUGCUCUGUCCAAAUGUUCUAAAGGCACCGACAGACUACUGCGCUUUUACCCCCCACCCCCUCGACUAAGUUCCUAACCAGGAGAAGAGUUCCUCAGCUGCCGCUCGGCUCCUCCAGUGCUUCGUUCGUGAAAGUCGUGUGUGGAAGUUUUCGUGAUGGGUCCUAAAAGAAGACCCCUGCCCCUGAACAUUACGCCCAUUGGGGAGGGACAGGCCACCUCCAACACCAUCGAUGCUGCAUCGGAAGCAAACCUCGAGGCCUUACAGAAGAAGCUGGGUGAGCUGGACCUGGACGAGCAGCAGAGGAAACGGCUGGAGGCCUUCCUCACCCAGAAAGCUCAGGUCGGGGAGCUGAAGGAUGAGGACUUUGACCCCAUCUGCGAGUUGGGUGCCGGAAACGGGGGAGUGGUCAACAAGGUCCGCCACAAACCCUCUGGUCUGGUCAUGGCCCGGAAGUUGAUUCACCUGGAAAUCAAACCUGCCAUCAGGAACCAGAUCAUCCGAGAGCUGCAGGUGCUGCAUGAAUGCAACUCCCCCUACAUUGUGGGCUUCUAUGGGGCCUUUUACAGCGAUGGAGAGAUCAGCAUCUGUAUGGAGCACAUGGAUGGUGGAUCCCUAGACCAGGUCCAGAAGGAAGCCAGAAAAAUCCCAGAGGAAAUUCUGGGGAAAGUCAGCAUAGCUGUUUUGAGAGGAUUAGCUUAUCUGCGGGAGAAGCAUCAGAUCAUGCACAGAGAUGUCAAGCCCUCCAACAUUCUGGUCAACUCUCGCGGGGAGAUCAAGCUGUGUGACUUUGGUGUGAGUGGCCAGCUCAUAGAUUCCAUGGCCAACUCUUUUGUUGGAACGCGCUCCUACAUGUCGCCGGAGAGACUGCAGGGCACUCACUACUCCGUUCAGUCUGACGUGUGGAGCAUGGGUCUGUCCCUGGUGGAGCUGGCAAUCGGCCGCUACCCCAUCCCUCCUCCGGACACCAAAGAACUGGAGUCUGUCUUUGGACGGGCUGUUCUAGACGGGGCCGUUGUAGAGCCUCACACCAACAUGCAGAGGCCCAGACCACCAGGCAGGCCUGUGAGCGGACAUGGAAUGGACAGCCGACCUGCUAUGGCCAUCUUUGAACUUUUGGACUACAUUGUUAAUGAGCCGCCUCCAAAACUGCCACUUGGGGUCUUCACCAUUGACUUCCAGGACUUUGUGACAAAAUGUUUGAUCAAGAACCCAGCGGAGAGAGCCGACCUGAAGAUGCUGAUGAGUCACACAUUCAUCAAACGAUCAGAGGUGGAGGAAGUGGACUUUGCCGGUUGGUUGUGCAAAACCAUGGAGCUCAACCAGCCCAGCACUCCCACCCGCAGCACUGAGUGAACAGGCCCCCAUCCUCCCCACUGCUCUGACACACCUCUGGGUCUUGCUUGCAUACACAUGCAUAUACUAAACAUACACAUACACAAGCCAUCACACAUAGUGGCACUUAUUUUUUUUUAUCUUGCUCUGGGGUAAAAUGGUUUUGGCUUCCCCCCCUCAUUUAUUUCCUCACAAGCAGCAGGGCCCAUUGAGUCAUUGUACUGUAAGACCACAGAUUCACUAUGCCAAUGUCAAAAAGUAGCCUCAGCUCACUUCUCCACACGGCUAGGGGAGGACAUAAAGCACUGAAGGGCUGCCAGUGUGUCAGCUGAAAUUGCAUUGAUUGACGAAAAUUAUUUUGUAUUGUUGAAUAUUCUGUAUUAAUCUUUUCUAUGGCAACGGUCGAUGGCUUCUGAGAUUUUAAUGAAUUACCUGCUGUAGAGUUUAGGGCUGAAAUGACCAGAGAGAAAUCUGAACAUACAUCACAUUACUUGCAAAUUAAAAAUUUGUUUUAUUUAAGGUGAAUGCUGUUAUUUUGAUUUAAAAUCCCUUUGUCAAACUUGCUAACCUUAAAAAAUUGUGACUUUGCAAUUACCAAUAAAUUAAAUUAGUGAGCAGGAGAAAUGGGCCUAUCAGGAGUCAUUUGCACUUUUUGGUUAAUGAGCGGUCAAUCUAAAAAUCACUUUGUGAACAGUGUCACAAACCAAAGAGGGUACUCAUGACUACUAAUGCCUGAUCUGUGUUUUUUUUGUAUGCACAUUCAUAAACAGUAUAUCAGUGUACUUUGAAUGUUUAUUUUUCUUUCUCCAAUUGGUAACCUACACUCCAAUUGGGUUGACAUUGUUCCCUCUGCAUACAUCCCACACAGUGUGUCUCGUGUUUGAAGGCGUAUGCUGUGGAGGCCUGAUACACGCCAGAAUGUCAUUUUUGACAUUCAGAAAACAAUGAUCAAACCGUAUUCAAGGGAUGGUAUAGCAUGGUUUAUUAUCUUUCUAAUACUGUAUGUGUAUCUUAUUUCCCAACAUCAUGGUGGGGAGGAUUAGCUGGUGAUUUUUAUCAAAAGCCUGAACAUCUGCAAUGUCAAUAUGAAAUCCCAAAUCACAUUGACUAAUUUAAGUUUAACUUUUCUUAGUUGUUGGUCUGUACUUUCCCCCCUGAGGUGUAUUUGGUUAUGUUUUCACUGUACUGCUAAUGUGUGGCGCUCCAAGCUUUCUCUUGGGACCCAAACAGAAGAGGUGUGCUUUUGGAAAAGACUUGGGUUUGCACACGCUUGAAAACCCUUUCCUUUUGCUUUAAACCUAUUAUUUGUCCGACUGCAAGUGGAACUUAAGUCAUAAGUAGUACAAAGGGUUUGACUGCUAAAUUUGAACCCAGUUCAGUGUUGGUCACAUGGUGGUGGUAUUACACUUGCUAGCCUGCCGUCUUGCUAGAGCUCUUGUAUUCUCUCUGUUAUGGCUGCCCUUAUUCCCCCUGAAACAUGCAUUCGUUCAGAGCUAAAUUGAUGCAUCGUCACUCGUAUGUGUACAAAGCUAUAUACAAAAAUUACAGGAGUACUAUUUUGCAGUCUUAAUAUACAAAUUUUUGAUUUAUGUAAAUGACAAGGGAGAAGAGUCAUUUUAUUAUAAUAUAAAAAGGUGUUGGAUUAUGGUUAUAAUGUAUAAAAAGAUGAAAAUAAAACUUAUUUGUGAA